CGCAGCAACAUACUUACAUCGGCUUCAUCAUCCCCAAGUGUCCCUUGGAUCCGGAGGGGAAAAACCCAGUCUACUCACCGAACCAGAAAGGCAUGCCACUUUUACGAACGACGCCCUUGAUUCGGUUGUUUUCUCUAGCCGAUCGAUAGUCACGCUCUCCCUGGCCGCCACCCAUCAAACUCCCCUACUUGACGAUUGUCCGUGAGCCUCGAAGAUUGCCAACGCGGACCAAAGCCCCCCUCCGUCGCGAUGCGACUCUUCAUCAUUCCCAUCUCGACCCGACAAGCCCUGAUCUAUGCUCGGCCCCUGGGCAAGAAUCUUUCGCAAGAGCGUUCGCUAGUCGACAAGGUCACGCAAAAGGCCGCUGAAACCUGGGCCAAAUGGGAGGAGGCCGACAAAGGAUGGAAGAAACAUCUAGUCUCUUGGGGCAAUCGCGUUCAACAGCGCAUCCCGUAUCAGGAAUGGGGUCUCAAAAGCAUCCCGUCUCUCAGUUCCCAACGGCGACUUGAUCCGUCCCACGGAACGACAAAGGUGGACGUGCUAUUCCCGGGGAAUGCGAUCCGAUCAGAAAGGCUUCAGACGAUGCUGCGCGCGAUCGCGACCGACCGGCAGGACCUGCACCGCCAGAGGAUGUGGUGGAGCUUCCUUGCGGCUCCCCUGACUGCGCCAAUUGGGCUGAUUCCUCUGUACGAUGCCCUUGGUAGAACAGCUUUCCUGCACGCGGCUAACCUCAUGAUUUUUUCUAUCAAUCUAGUAUACCUAACAUCCCUUUCUUUUAUCUUGCUUACCGGGGCUGGUCCCAUUGGCGAGCGUUGAAUGGCUCAAAGCACCUAGAGUUUCUACUGGAAAAGAAUCUACUCAAUCCGAUAUCACACCC